AAUUUUAAAAAAAGGGCCAAAUACCUUUUUUUUCCUACGAUUUUAGUGGCAAAUAUCUGCAUCGUACUAUUUAGAUGAACAAAUUAUCAUAUAGGCAAACGACUGCAACUAGUAUUUAUACAUCAUGUUUAAAUGAUAUAAAUACUAUACAAUAAUUAGUUCAUUUAAACCUGCGCGUUCCUCUCCCUGCAAUAGCGUAUCCAUCCAUCCAUUUUCUACCGCUUAUUCCCUUUGGGGUCGCUGGUGCCUAUCUCAGCUACAAUCGGGCGGAAGGCGGCGUACACCCUGGACAAGUCGACAUCUAAUUGCAGGGCCAAUACAAAUAGACAGAUCAACAUUCACAUUUGUUAAAAACAGCUAUUAUAGAGUCCCUCACUUGCUAUACCGCCUAUUGAACACAGGGGGGUGCUGUUGUCCCUGUUUGUUGGUGUGGUUGCCAGGUUACCGACCCAGAGGAGCGCCUCUCCAGCUCCACUCUGUUCCCGUUCACUUUUUAAAAUCAAUUUAAAGCCACAUUACCUGCGGAAAAAAUGUCUGAAAGUAGUUCUGAGUACAAAACCCAGAAGCCAAAGGGUGUUUUCUCCACUUUAGUGGCGGAUGGGGACUGGUUGCUGCUCAAGGGAGAGUGUGAGAAGGCUGUAGACAGCUACACCACGGCUCUCACUCUGAAGCCCGAUGACAAGAACUGCUUUGUGGGUCGCUCUAAGUGUUACCUGAAGAUGGGUCAGUAUGACAAAGCCCUGAAGGACGCCGAGGCGUCACUGCAGGAAGACAAGGCCUUUUUUGAGGGUUUGUACCAGAAGGCUGAAGCGUUAUACUGCAUGGGAGAGUUUGAGUACGCUCUGGUCUUUUACCACCGAGGACUGAAGCUGCGUCCCCAAUUCCAAGAGUUCCAAGUCGGUGUCCAGAAGGCCCAGGAGGCCAUAGAGAACUCAGUCAGUGUCCCUGUCCACGUCAUCAAACACAAGAUUAUUCAUGGAGACUCCUCAAAGAUCCAAAAAGAUGUAAAGAAUACAACAACAGCAAAGCAACCUCAGACCUCCAAGACGAAAAAAGCAACAAAAAACUACCUGGGAGAGUUUUAUGAGGACAGGAAAUAUCUGGAAAAGCUGCUGAAAGAUGAAGACUUGGUGAAGGGGAGGACGAGGAGAGGAGAACAUCUGCAGGACGUCAUCCAGAGCUGCCUUACCUACCUGGACGACUGCGCUGAGUUCUGGAACCAGCAGAAGCCCAGACCUUCUCCAGCCAAAGACCAAAGGCCAAAGCGGGACAAGUCUCGUCCUCGCGUCUCCUCCUCGCAACCGACAGACUUCCUGCUGAAGUGCAUGGAGGACAUAAACGCAGAUCUGACAUCGGGGAAGACCAGAAGGGCUCUUAAGAAGGCUCGGGAGGUCCUGCGGACGGUGCAGGGAUGGUCGGAGAAGGACGUGCCGGACAGAGACGAGCUUCUGGGAAGCCUGCACAGCUGCAUGGGGAAUGCUCUGAUGGACCUGGGGGAGACAGACAAAGCCCUGGACCACCACCAGAAAGACUUGGACUUGGCUGGAAAGUGCAACCUUCCUCAUGCAAGGUCCAGAGCUCUGGAAAACUUGGGCUCCGUCCACGCCGCCAUGGGGAACUUCACGCAGGCCAUCCAGUGCUGGGGGAAGAAGAUUCCGUUGGUCCAAGGCGAUGUGGAGAAGGCGUGGCUGUUCCACGAGAUCGGUCGCUGUCACCUGGAGCUGGAAGACCACGAGGAGGCCCGAGACUUUGGCCUGCGUUCGGCUGCUGCGGCCCAGGAAAGCGGCGAUGAAAAAUGGCAGCUCAACGCUCAUGUUUUGGUGGCACAAUCAGAAGGCAAACUUGGGAACUUUGAGUCGUGCGUGUUACACUACGAGCGAGCUCUGACGCACGCCAAGCUGCAAGAAAACGAGGAUGCCGCAGCCGCCAUUCAAAAGGCUAUUGAUGGAACGAAGCAGCACCUGUCAAGAUAAGGAUAUCUUCUGAAUGAUACAUAGACUGAUAGAGUUCUGAUGCUCAUGAUAUUUGUGAGUGAAGUUAUUAAUAGGGGAACAUUACUUACAAUUUACAACACCUUCCCAUAUUUUCCGUAGAAAUGUAUGGAUGAAAAUUUACAGAAUGUGCUUUGUUGUUGUGAAUUUUGCAUUUCGAGCUGUCUGUAAAAAUAAAAAGAUAUGUUAAUUAA